AUCGAAGAAGAGGAUGGCUUCUAGAGUUUUCUCGUCGAUUUCUCGGAGCACCAUAGCCUACCGAUUGAUCCUGGCUUCCUCUCGGCAGGAGUCGCUCCGGAAUCUUUUCACUGGCUUCCAUUCUCUGAGUGAAUUGCCCACGAUUUCUUCCGUCAAGGAUGCUCCCUGCCGGUUGAGUCAAAUUUUGAGACAUACAGCUCUCACGGAUUCUAUGUUUCAAAGAUUUGGCUUUGCAUCCUCGGCAUCUCCACAACCCACUAAGGAGGGAAACCAGUCUGUGGACCACGGUAAUGCUUCGCAGAAUACAUCAGAAAUUGGAGCUAAUACUGCAUCUACUGAGGCUACUGAUGAUUCUACUGCUCAAGAACCAACACAAGAUGCAGGUCCUUUUUCUGAAAACAAUGAUUCAAAGACCAAGUCUAAUAAAAAGAGGAGGAAGAGUAUUAAACGAACUGCCUUUUCUGAUUCAGAUGCAGAGCCUGAACUAUCUUAUGAUGACUUGGUAAAGCUAGUUGCUGAGAGAGAAGAGUUACUGAAGUUAAAACAAAAGGAAAUCGAGAAAAUGCAGGAUAAGGUCUUACGCAGCUAUGCUGAAAUGGAGAAUGUUAUAGACAGAACAAAACGUGAGGCAGAAAACUCAAAAAAAUUUUCAAUACAAAACUUUGCCAAGAGCUUACUGGAUGUUGCUGACAAUCUGGGAAGGGCUUCAUCUGUUGUCAAGGAAAGCUUCUCAAAGAUCGACACAUCCAAAGACUCUGCUGGAGCCAUCCCUCUCUUGAAAACUCUACUCGAGGGUGUUGAGAUGACUGAGAAACAACUUUCUGAGGUGUUUAGGAAGUUCGGGGUGGAGAAAUAUGACCCAAUAAAUGAGCAAUUUGAUCCAAACAGGCAUCUUGCAGUUUUCCAAGUACCUGAUGCUUCAAAACCACCUGGCACUGUUGCUGCUGUUUUGAAGGCUGGCUACAUGAUAUAUGAUCGCGUCCUUCGCCCAGCUGAAGUUGGUGUAACUCGAGCCUUGGACAAUGAGACAGAUCAAAGUUCCAGUGCAUGAGCUGUAUUCUGCGCAAUUUUCCUGUUAUGCGUUAUCCGAUAUUUUGUAUAACCUUAUAACCAAUAGCAAAAACCAAGUCAACUUGUCAUAGAUCAAGUUCGUGACCUUUUAGGGUAGCCUGGAAAUUUGAUUGGUGCUUUUGUUUUGAAAAAAGAGAGAGAAGCUGCAGAUAUUACAAUGAGAAUUUGGACUAGAAAAGCAGACUCAAGAGAUCUGCCGUUUUGUCCGUUGUUUGGAGAGUAAUCAUCAGAUCGUGACGUUGAUAUUGCAAAUGAUAUUUAGAAGUUAUGCAGGGUGAAACAGGCAUAACCCCCUUUUUUAAUACAUUUUUUUUAUCAUGUUAAUAUGAAAUUUGAUUUAGAUGAAA